GUUCUAGCUGCUUAGUCACGGCCCGGAGGGAACCCAGAACAAGGACACUUGUCACCAAACUAUAAGCCUCAGAAUCAACCAAUAUCUCAAAUCUUCGGUCAUUAACUUCAACGAAUACUAAAAUAUAUUAACGCCUGCGAAAAAUAUUAAUUUAAAGCAAUAAAUAUACAGAAAUACAAUAAAAUAUGGGAAAAGGAGAAAGAGAGAGGCCCACCUUUCACGCCUUCGUUCGUCCCGACCUCAAAGCACAAUUCCUCAAUCUAUAAAUAUGGCCAUUUCCCAUCCUCGUGACGACCCAAAUCUCGAUCAUAUAUUAUCAAGCCUUUAUUGCCAUUUAGAAAAUCCAUUCUGUAAAUCCUCUAGAUUCACAUAUAUUCUUCUUUCAAUACAUUUUCCUAAUAUUCGUACCAUUGUUAUUUUUUAUAUACACGCGUACAUAUACUCGAUUUCUUUCACUAACCCCACAAAACACACAAUACAAAAACCAAACCUUUUCUUCCUCUUGAAGUUCACCGGAGAUGGCUCCACCGAGUCUGAACAACUCCAACUCCCGCGUCAAUGGCGUCGACGUCACCACAAUGCCUCUUUUCUGUCUUAAAGAUUCCGACAUCCUCGUCAAUGGCCACGCCAUCCUCACCGACGUCCCCACCAACGUCACCCUCACCCCUUCGCCGUACUCCGCCGACAAAGACGGCGAACCUAUCUCCGCCGCCGCUGGUUCCUUCGUCGGCUUCUCCUCCGCGGAGCCCCAGAGCCGUCACGUGGCGUCUGUCGGAAAGCUCAGGAACAUCAGGUUCAUGAGCAUAUUCCGGUUCAAGGUCUGGUGGACUACUCACUGGGUCGGAUCCAACGGUCGGGACAUCGAGAACGAGACCCAGUUCCUCAUCCUCGACAAAUCCGGGUCCGGGUCGGGUCACGACGACGAGACAGGAUCCGGGUCGGGUCGUCCGUACGUCCUUGUCCUGCCCCUUGUCGAAGGCUCCUUCAGAUCGUGUCUCCAACCCGGAGACGACGAUAACAUGGACCUCUGCGUGGAAAGCGGGUCGACCCGGGUGACGUCAUCGGAGUUUCAGAGGAUUUUGUAUCUUCACGCAGGAGACGACCCGUUCAAGCUCGUGAAAGACGCCAUGAAAGUGAUCAGGGCUCAUCUGAACACUUUCAAACUUCUGGAGGAGAAAUCGCCUCCUGGAAUCGUCGACAAAUUCGGGUGGUGCACUUGGGAUGCGUUCUACUUGACGGUUCAUCCUGACGGCGUUUAUAACGGCGUUAAGGGUCUCGUUGACGGAGGUUGUCCUCCGGGACUGGUCCUCAUCGACGAUGGUUGGCAAUCCAUCGGACAUGAUUCUGAUCCCAUCACUGUGGAAGGGAUGAACUGUACGGUCGCCGGAGAGCAAAUGCCUUGCAGGCUUCUAAAGUUCCAAGAGAAUUACAAAUUCAAAGAGUACGUAUCACAAAAGGACCCUAACAAGAAAGGAAUAGAAGCUUUCGUGAAAGAUCUAAAGGAUGAAUUCGCGACCGUUGAUUACAUCUACGUGUGGCAUGCUCUCUGCGGCUACUGGGGCGGUCUCCGGCCAGAUUCUCCGGCGCUUCCGCCGUCGGUUGUGGUCCGACCGGAACUCUCUCCCGGUUUGAAACUGACGAUGGAAGAUCUCGCCGUCGACAAGAUCGUCGAUACCGGCAUCGGACUUGUCGCACCGGAGAUCGCCGACCAGCUCUAUGAAGGCCUUCACUCUCAUCUCAAAAACGUCGGCAUUGACGGCGUUAAAGUCGACGUUAUUCACCUGUUGGAGAUGCUUUGUGAGAAUUACGGCGGGAGAGUGGACCUGGCGAAAGCUUAUUUCAAGGCGUUAACGGCGUCAGUGAAGAAGCACUUCAACGGUAACGGCGUUAUCGCCAGCAUGGAGCAUUGCAAUGACUUCAUGUUCCUCGGGACCGAAGCCAUCUGCCUUGGUCGUGUUGGUGAUGAUUUCUGGUGUACGGACCCGUCGGGGGAUCCAAACGGAACGUUCUGGCUACAAGGAUGUCACAUGGUGCAUUGCGCAUACAACAGCCUGUGGAUGGGGAACUUCAUCCAGCCGGACUGGGACAUGUUCCAAUCGACCCACCCUUGCGCCAGUUUCCACGCCGCCUCCCGAGCCAUCUCGGGCGGUCCCAUCUACGUCAGCGACUCGGUCGGCCAACACGACUUCGGCCUCUUGAAACGUCUCGUCCUGCCCGACGGCUCCAUCCUCAGGUGCGAGUAUUACGCCCUCCCUACCCGCGACUGCUUGUUCGACGACCCUCUUCACGACGGCAAGACCAUGCUCAAGAUCUGGAACUUGAACAAGUACACCGGAGUGAUCGGAAUGUUCAACUGCCAAGGAGGAGGAUGGUGCCGAGAGACCAGACGUAACCAAUGCUACUCUCAGUACUCUAAAACCAUCACUGCUUCUACUAACCCCAAGGACGUCGAAUGGGACAGCGGCAGUAACCCUAUCUCCGUCGAAAACGUCCAAGUCUUCGCCAUGUUCUUGUCUCAGUCCAAGAAGCUGAUCCUGUCCGAGCCCACCGACGAUCUUGAAAUCACGUUACAGCCCUUUGAGUUCGAGCUCAUCACAGUGUCCUCCGUCGUGACCCUCAAGGGCAACUCUGUCCAAUUUGCACCGAUCGGUCUUGUGAACAUGCUCAACACCGGCGGUGCAAUUCGGUCAUUGGUGUAUCACGAUGAAUCCGUCGAGAUCGGAGUUAAGGGUGCCGGAGAAUUUAGGGUUUAUGCCUCCAGGAAGCCGGUGAGCUGCAAGAUUGAUGGAGAAAGUGUGGAGUUUGAAUAUGAAGACAGUAUGGUGUCGGUUCAAGUGCCUUGGUCUGAUUCAGAGGGUUUGUCCUCGGUCAAGUAUUUGUUUUAGAGUUCAGAUAGUGGACUUUUAUUUUCUAUUUUAUUUUGUUGGGCUUUUUUUUUCUAAGCCCACUUUGUUCUAUUUAAUGAUUUGAAAGUGGUGAUAAAAUACCCCACUAGGGGGAGAAUUAUUCGAGGUAUGAUUUGUAAUGCCACUGCUAUUGUUGUGUUUACUUAUUAAUAUAUUGCGAUUUUAUAAA